AUGAGCAACAUUCGACUUUUCUGUCAAGCCAGCAUUCUCUUCUUCCUUCUCUGUGUCCACGUAAAUGGAAAUGGAUUUUUGAUGGUGGAUGCUGGAGAGAAACUGGACAAUGUUGCCGAUGCCGCCUCAGAGAAACUCAGCGAAGCGGCGGAAUCCGUAAAGAAUGCUACGAAAUCUGCUCAAGAUAAGAUCACUGGAGCAGCAAAAAGUGUCUCUGACUUUGCAGCGAAAAAAUUCGAGGAAACCAAGAAUGCUGUAGAAGAAAAGGCCUCUUCCAGUCAAGAAUUACUUGUCAAAAUGAGCGGUAAUAGCGAGUUCCUGCAAGAACUCGGCAACAGAGCUAAAGAUAUGAGCGAAAGCGACCAGGAUAAGAUGAGCGACACCGGCAAAGCCUUGAAAGAUGCGGCUGAGUUAGGCUAUGACACGACAAAAGAGGGAUGCAAGGAAAGCUACGAUUCGAUGGCGCAAAAAUUGGCUGUUGCGAAGGAUUAUGUGGCCGAAAAGGUUGAGGACGCAAAAAAGUUUUUGAGUCAAAAAGUAGAAGAUAUGCACAGCAACUGA